AUGUGCAUCAAUGCGUGGAUGUCGGUCAUGACAAUAGGUCACACGGUAUGUUACUCUGUGUGUGUUUCCAUCACUCCACACAAAGAAUCAACUCGGUGGUCCAACUGGCAUUGGCUGUACAACAAUCGUGCGACCAUCACUCAAAGAGACACCGAGGUGGCAGACCACAGAAUGGCGGAGAUGGAUGCGUCCCUGAACUUCGCGCUCCAUAUGGUAUCCCAACUUCCAGAUCGUGGGGAUAGGCGUUUACCAAACAGGCUGAAAUACAUUGGAGGACGGCGGUAUUGGCAGAUAGUGGUGGUUCAGACACUAUCAUCCAAUGACCUCUUAAAAUGCACGUUCAUAUGGGCAGCGCGCAACAUUUGGUUCCUUCCAGAAACAUAUGUGCGGCCGGAGAUUGUUGUGAAAAUUGCAAGGCACAGGUCCGACUGUCGCUAUGCCCGGCGAUUGUAUAGAAAGCAGUUGGGAAAUGAUGAAGGAACCGACACCGUAAGCGCUGUGAGAGGUCUUGUGUGGCUCCUUAUUCCCGACCCGCAGGAGACACUUUCUAAGGCGGCUGAACUUAGCUUACCGUACCACCUGGUCUUUGAGAAGCAGUGGUCAGUAUGUCGUGACCACCGACACAAAGCUUAUCCUGUACGAAGAGGGCCUAGAGAGAUAUACCUUGUGCGCCCGCGGUAA